GCUCCUGCUCCUCUCCCCCGGUUUCCCCCUGCGACGCCUCCCCACUAGGCCCCAGCCCCGGUCCCUCGCUGCACCGCUGUCCCGGGCUCACCCUCCAGGGUCUUUCUCCUGAGCUCCCAAGGAGGGAGCCAGCGGUGGAGCAGGACAGCUGUGCUCACCCCAAAGCAGAACUUCAUCCAGGAGGAAGGAGGCCGUUAGGUCACCCCUAUGUGACAAUCGAGGGCUGCGCCUGCAGAAAGCAGCAGCUCCCUGCCCUGUCAUCCAGGGAAUCCGUUCUGGCCGCCCUGUGACCCAGCUCCUCUGCUACCAUGAACAGGGCCCCCCUGAAGCGCUCCAGGAUCCUGCACAUGGCGCUGAACGGUGCCCCCGACCCCUCUGGAGAGGCCGAGGCAGGCAGCGGGGAGAAGCCCUUUCUGCUGCGGGCACUGCAGAUCGCUCUGGUGGUCUCUCUCUACUGGGUCACUUCCAUCUCCAUGGUGUUCCUCAACAAGUACCUGCUGGACAGCCCCUCCCUGCGGCUGGACGCCCCCAUUUUCGUCACCUUCUACCAGUGCCUGGUGACCACGCUGCUAUGCAAGGGCCUCAGCACGUUGGCCACCUGCUGCCCUGGUGCUGUGGACUUCCCCACGCUGCGCCUGGACCUCAGGGUGGCUCGCAGCGUCCUGCCACUGUCGGUGGUCUUCAUCGGCAUGAUCACCUUCAAUAACCUCUGCCUCAAGUACGUAGGGGUGGCCUUCUACAACGUGGGCCGCUCUCUCACCACCGUCUUCAACGUGCUGCUCUCCUACGUGCUGCUCAAGCAGACCACCUCCCUCUAUGCCCUGCUCACCUGCAGCAUCAUCAUUGGUGGCUUCUGGCUGGGUGUGGACCAGGAGGAGGCCGAGGGCACCCUGUCCUUGGUGGGCACCGUCUUUGGGGUGCUGGCCAGCCUGUGUGUCUCGCUGAACGCCAUCUACACCAAGAAGGUGCUCCCGGCGGUGGACGGCAGCAUCUGGCGCCUGACCUUCUACAACAACGUCAACGCCUGCGCCCUCUUCCUGCCCCUGCUCCUGCUGCUCGGGGAGCAUCAGGCCCUCCUGGACUUCGCGCAGCUGGACAGCGCCCACUUCUGGGGGAUGAUGACGCUGGGCGGCCUGUUCGGCUUCGCCAUCGGCUACGUGACCGGGCUGCAGAUCAAGUUCACCAGUCCCCUGACCCACAACGUGUCGGGCACGGCCAAGGCCUGCGCCCAGACGGUGCUAGCCGUGCUCUACUUCGAAGAAACCAAGAGCUUCCUGUGGUGGACCAGCAACGCCAUGGUGCUGGGCGGCUCCUCCGCCUACACCUGGGUCCGGGGCUGGGAGAUGAAGAGUCAGGAGGACCCCGGCCCCAGGGAGGGCGAGAAGAGCACCGUGGGGGUGUGAGCCUCCUCGGGGACCUGCGGCCACCAGCCCCAAGGGUGAAGUCGGGGCUGGAACCGAAGGCUCUCCCUGCGGACCCCAGGGCGAAGUGGACAUUGUUUACAGACAGAUCAGAAUACGGGGCUGAAAAGGAGCCAGCGUUCCAAGUAGAUCAGAAAGUUGCCAAACCUGUCCCCACCCCUGUCCUAUUGAUGGACACCAUACUGAGGGCAGCACCCUGCCCGUCCCCCACCAGGUCCUCUACCUCCACAUCACCCCUGGGGUUGGACAGGGCUGCCCCCUCAAGGGUAGUAUUGGUGAAGUGAAGUCUCACUUAUACUCAAGGGAGAUGGGGUGACCCCAACAGCCAGCCCAAGCUGGUCGGUCACUCACAUCUCCCAGGCCCUGGGCAGGAGGGUAGCGCUGGCCCCGCAAACCAGCCUGUGUUGGGAGGCUGUGGGGCCGAGCCUGGGGGGCAGUGGACCAGUGCACCCCAUUCUCUGUGCUGAAAGCAGGUGAAGGGUCAGUUGUGCCCGUGCCUGACCUGGGAGUGGGCUGGGUCUUGAGAAAGUGCCACCUCUGUGCCCAGGCUUUGCAGCCUUGGAACGUGAGGGAGCCACCUGUCUCUUUCAGGUUGAGUGGAGACAUGAACUGCUCCCUCAGUCCCUGGGCUGAGAUGAACCUGCCUGAGUCCGCUGCCCUGGGAGGGCCACUCUGGUCUCCGAGCACCUGCCACAGGUACCUGGCUGAAGUGACAGUCUUCUGGAAGCCACUUCUGCCUCCCCCAACGCCUCCAUCCCCGGGAGGGGCCGUGGGGCCGGAGGGGAAGCUUCUGCACCGGCUGCUCCCCUCCCCGCUCUGAGCCUCUCCGUCAUUAAAAGAUCAGCGCAGACACAUUCCUCCCUGGGGUCCUGAGGUCGGGGUUCACAGACCUUCCUGUCCCUGCCUUGGUCCCGGGCUCCUACAACAGCGCGUCAGACCAGGCAGCUGAGGAGCAGCAGGAGCCCGGCCCUCAGUGCUGGAGGUGGGGAAGUUCAAGAUAAGGUGGGGCACCACGGGGUCAAUGUCCCUGGUCGGAGGUGGCCCCCUGGCAUAGUGGGGGCACCGGCAAGCCCCCUGAGCCUCUAAUCCUGUUCCUGGGGGCUGGGCCCUGCCACCUAACGCCUCUGAACAAACCCCCAGACCAGAGGGGGCCUCUCGCCACAGCCUCAGGGUUCCUUUCACUGCUCCGUCCCUUCCACUGGACAUUGGCACCUCCCGCCUCCUGGGGUGGUAUCUGGUGUUGUAGGAACAGCAGCGGAAGGCCAAGGAGAUGUCUGCCUGCCAGCGUCCCCUCCAGCCCCCCCCAUCCCAGGCGCCCCAUGUGGUUCUCAUGAAGUUGGUGGGCCAACGCCCCAGGCCCUGCACUCUUUAAUAAGAAGCCAGCAAAAACCCCCCUGUGUGUGCACCGAGGGCGGGGCCACAGGUCCCCAAGGGGACUUGGGAGCAUGGCCCUGGGGAGAAAAGCUCUUAGGACAAGGGGUGGGUCCAGAUCCAUGCUUCCUUGGCUCCUUCCUGGGAGGUGUGUGGCCAAUGGCUGCUGCCUGGGGCUCUGCUUCCGUCACUCAUCCUCGGUGCUCCCUUCCCAAGGUGCAGGCCAUCUGCCCCCCAUUGUACACACGAGGACACUGAAGUUCAGAGGGGGCUCUGCUUUCCAUAGUGCUGAGCUGUGACCCAGCACCUACCGUGUCCCUGACCCCCGCCCAAGUCUAUUGAACCCGCGGGUCAGGGCUGACCUGUGACUUGCUCAACAGAAAACGGGUCACUCAGCUUCUAAGGCCUUCAUUAAGCCCAGAGCUUCCACUCUGCCUGCUUCCCACCUGAGGUCAGCGGCCCCUCCCCACAGAUGAACACAGCCACACAAACGCCGUAGGUGAGACCAGCAGAGGGACCAGCCAGUCAACCACAGAAUCUAAGGAAAUCGUAAACUGUUGUGAGCCUCUAGAUUCUGGGGUUUUUUGCAGCAAGAGUUAACUAAUCAGUGGGUGGGACAGAGUUCUGUGAAGGAAACAGGUUUCAGAAGGGCAGGAGCCAGCAUCCUGUAACCAGCAGCAGCAGGAGUUCACAGACCUCCAGCCGGAGCACCCCACGAAUCCCCACAGCUCACUUGCAAGGUCAUCCCAGCCCCUGAAGGGCAAGGCACCCCACUUCCGGGCAAGGACAGACCAUUGCUGGAGGGCCUGUGGGUGGGCCCCAGAGGGUGCUGGGACAGCAGCCCCCACGGCCCUGGAGUGCUCGUGUGGUGGACACUGAUGGGUGAGAAAUUGUGACCCAAAACGUUUUGAUUUUUUUUUCCUGAUUUGAUAUUUCUUUGUUCAGAAAAUCCUCUUUGGUUUUGAAUUUGCCCAAGCCCUUUAUUUUGAAUUAAGGAAACUAAGGUCUAAAAAGGUUAAAAGAAGUUUCUGAGGUCACAGAGCAAAUGACUGGCUGAGCCCACAGUAGAACAUGUGUCUCCAAGAUGCUGUGUUUGCUCAAGGUCACGUGGCUGACUGGCUUUGAGUUAUUUUUUUUUUAAUAUUUACUUUUUAGUUUUUUAGGUGGACACAAUGUCUUUAUUUUAUUUUAAUGUGGUGCUGAGGAUCGAACCCAGUGCUUCAUGCAUGCCAGGCGAGUGCGCUACCACUUGAGCCACAUCCCCAGCCCUGAGUUAUUUUUUAAAUUAAGCAAACACUUAACCUUUCCUAGGUAUGAGGCACUGUUGAAAGUAUUUUUACAAAAUUUCAAUUCAUUUGAUCUUCCUGACAAUCCUAUUGAAAAUGGGUAUAAUCAUCAUUUCCUGUCUUACAGACGAGAGAAACUGAGGCACAGAGAGACUGAGUAAUUUGAGAUCACACAGCUAAUAAGUGUCAGAACUAGAAGUUAAACCCAGGCAGCCUGGCUUUCAACCAAAAAACCAUGGUGCUUCCCUAGUAUAAAAAAUAUAUAUAUUAUUUGGGGGUUUUCUAUCAUAAUAAUCCCAUAAUAUAAGUAAAGGUAAGAUAAUCUAAAGGUGAAAAGAGUCCAAGUGUUAGGGUCAAAAGAUCCAGACUCAAAGCUGUGUGAGUGUAGCCAAAUCACUUACCCUCUCUGAUCUUAUUCCUCAUAGGAAAGAAAGUUGUUCUAUAUUAAGAGAGAACAUGGUGACUUAAGGAAUCACUAUAUGUGAAUUUUAGUUGCCAGAUGGGACAACUGAGGCCAACAGGGUCAAAUGACUUGCCAGUACAUGACAACAGAGCACAGCACCCCACUCUCCUGGUCCACCUCGACUGGCCAGCUUCCCACGGUACCUUGCGGAUGAGGAAGCUGCCUGCUUGGUCCCAGUGUGUCCCCCAAAAUUGAAAAUUUAAUCCCCAGUGCAGGUGUGGAGAGGUGGGGGCCCCUGGAGGUGUUCAGGUCCUGGGGACGGAGCCCUCGUUAACGCAUUAAGGUCGUGACUGCAGAGUUGUCAUUUGGGGAGUAAGUUUCCUAUAAAGGCAAUUUCAGGGCUGGGGGCUGUGGCUCAGCGGUAGACCACACGCCUAGCACGUGCGAGGCCCCGGUUUGAUCCUCAGCACCAAAUAAAAAUAAGUAAAUGAAAUAAA